AUGUCGCACGGGGGAAAGUUUGUUUACGUGAAUGACGAAUGGAAGUGGACUAGGGACAAAAGCACUUCCAUUUUAGUGCCGAGCGGUAUCACAAUACCGGAGCUAUUGUUACGGUUGAACGAGAAACUUGGUGUUUUCGAUCCGCUCACAAAAUUGGAAUUGAAGUUCAAAGUUCCGAACAUGAAUAUGCCGCCGGCCGAAAUACUCGAAGAUGAAGACGUAAAUUGGUACAUAUCAGUUCAUAAGGAAACUGUCCUCUGCGUUACGACUUUGGAAACCGGCCUGCCAAGUGUUGAAAUGAAGAGGGAUACAAAUUACAGCCAACAAUUGUUUGCCGUCGCGGAAGAUCACCACGCCGUACAGGAUGACGAGCUCAAUCAUCAGCAAAGUGUCCUAAACAAUAAUGCAGCGGAUACUCCAAUUUUUGAUGUUCGGACUGCACCAUUAGAUGAGAUGUUCGACGAUCCCUUACAUGGUACAAAUACUGGUAAUAUUGCUGACGUUGACGAAGAACUAUUAUCACAUUCCAAAAGUCCGGAUACAUGCUACUGGAUUUCCACUGUGAACAUGCCAGAUCUUACCGAAAGGGAAAUAUUUUUUACCAAGAAAGAGUUGUACUCGAGAAUUUGUCUACUUGCGUUGCGAGAGAAGUUUCAAUUUCAGGUUAGCAGGUCAAGUCAAAAAAUGUUAACCGUUGUAUGUGCUGACGAUAAUUGUAAGUGGAUGUUACGUGCUUCGAGUGUAAAGCAGUCCGCCAUCUUCAUGAUCCGCAAAUUCAACAAUGUGCAUACAUGUCCCAUAGAUUAUCGUCGUAAUGCACAUCAACAUGCCACUAGUUCCGUAAUUGCUGAGCAGAUUAUGGGGAAAUUGGAUAAUACCUAUGGAUCGUAUGAUCCUACCGCUAUUGCUCGUGACAUGGAACGUGAGUUUGGUGUGAAAAUUUGUUACCAUCAAGCACGUAGGGAAAAGGUCGCUGCUUUACAUUUGCGAUGUGGUACACUGGGUGAUAGCUUUCAAAAACUUUCUUCUUACUGUCACGUCCUAGGAGAAAGUAACCCGGGGACAGUAACGUACAUCGAAAUAGAUACUCAUAACAAGAUUCACUACCUUUUCCUUGCUUUCGGUGCAAGCAUUCGAGGUUACUUGCACUACAUGAGGCCCGUUAUUUGUGUUGACAGCAGUCACUUGAAAGGUCCGUAUAAAGGUACCCUUCUACUGACAACUGCCCAAGACGCCAACAAACAGAUUUAUCCGUUAGCGUGGGGGAUUGUUGAUACCGAAAUGAAUAGAUUGUGGAUGUGGUUUUUAUCAAAUUUGAAAGAUCUUAUAGGUGACUCGGACGAAUUGGUGUUUGUUUCCGACAGGAAAAAUAGUACUGAAAAUGCCAUUGCUCACCUAUUUCCUCGGGCUCACCACGGGUGCUGUAUUUGGCAUAUGGAAAAGAAUUUAAUCCAGCGGUACAACAACGCAAGUUCAAUAUUUCUAUUCAAAAGAGCAGUAAGAACUUACCGGAACGAAAAGUUUGAAAGACUUAUGAGACAGCUUCGUAGGGUUAGUGCAAGAGCAUACAGGUACUUGGAGCGAGCAGGUUUCCCAUUUUGGUCACGUGCACUAUUUGUUGGCCAACGGUACAACAUUUUAACCAACAACAACACAGAAUCUUUGAACUCAAUGUUGAGACAUGCCCGUUCGUUACCGAUCACGUGCUUAGUGGAACACAUUCGGCAUACUAUGCAGAAGUGGUUUUAUGAACGUCAAGCAAGUGCAACUGCAUGCAAUACCGUUCUGUCACCAACGAUGGAGAAUGAGUUAUGGACGACGUUCGAAGCAGGUACUAGGUUGCAAGCGCAUGGCUUGACAAAUAACUUAACACAAGUUGGAAUAUCCAACAACACGGACAUUAUAGACUUCUUCGAAAAGACGUGCACUUGUCGUGAGUUCCAGCUGAAUCGUAUGUCGUGCGUUCAUGCAACCCGUGCUGCUUGCUUGAGAGGUAAGUCAUUGUACGAUCUGUCCUCACCGUAUUACACAUCCGAGUACUGGAAGGGUGCCUAUGGAAAAGCUAUAUAUCCUAUUCAGCGUGAAGUGGACUGGAAUGUUUCACCCGAAAUUACAGGUACUCCUAUUAUGCCCCCUAGUGUGCGUCGUCCUCCAGGUAGACCACCCACACAACGUAAGCGAUCCAGACACGAGUACACCACACGGCUCAGGAAAUGCACUCGCUGCGGUGGACUUGGUCAUAACCGGACCACAUGUUUGAACCACACUGUAUCACGUCCGAUGAAAGCAGCAUUUUGUACGUGA